AUGUCGUCAUCUCCUCAGGGCAAGUUCGAAGCAUCGCAGUUCUGGGCCUCUUCCGCCCGAUCCCGCAACUUUAAAUCCUCUGCCCGCCUACACCUUCAACACCACCUCUUCCAGAGAACUCUAGGCAACAGGAUCUUGCAGCCGACUGCAGAGCAAGCAGCUGUGCAAUGUCGCGCGCCGCUAAGAGUUGCGGACCUUGGCUGCGGAAACGGAGUUUGGCUCCUAGACUUGGAGCAGUCACUCACGGACCUGGGCGUUGAGGUCUCCCUCCUAGAGGGAUUCGACGUCAACCCAGUCAACUUCCCUCCCAAAUGGAGCUGCCCCCCUAAUGUCGCUUUUACGGCUCUCGAUGUAUUGAAGCCGCUACCACAGGAGCUUCUCGGUACCUACGACAUUGUUCACAUGCGAGCUUUUGUCUCCCUCAUUACGAAGAACGACCCCCGCCCCGCCAUCUACCAGGCCCUAUCCCUUCUCAAACCUGGCGGCUGGCUCCAGUGGGAGGAGACCCGCGUAGAUAGGUGGACCGCGACCGCGGCCCAGAGCGGAGAGGCAGAAGAUGCGCAAUCCAAGGCCUCCUGCGACGCCAUCAUCGGCAUCCUCGAUAAUGGCGGCCGUGCUCAGGGCAACACGUUCGACUUCCUGGCCACCUUGGGUGUGCAUCUGGAGCGCGCCGGGCUAGUACAGGUGGCGAGCCUGGAGUUGGAGAAGCGGCGCGCGGAUAUGAAGGCCUGGACGGAGGACUAUCUUUUGUCAUGGGAGGAGAUUGCCAAUCUGAUUCCGCCUAAAGCUCAGGCGCCUGACUCGCCCUUGACGAGGGAGAUGUAUGAGGACUUACUGGAUAAGGCAAUCGCCGAGACUGAGCAGGGUGUUGCCAUACAUCAGCAAAGUGUCCUCGUAGUCAUGGGGAGGAAACCAGCGUAG